AUGUCGUCAAAACUUCCCUCCGUCCUGAGCGCAACUGACGAGGAGAUCCAGCUCCUCCUGGCAGCGCAAUGUCACAUUGGCACAAAAAAUUGCGAUAAGCAGAUGGAGCCUUAUGUCUGGAAGCGCCGCGUUGACGGCAUCCACAUUCUCAACAUUGGCAAGACUUGGGAGAAGCUUGUCUUUGCCGCACGUGUGAUCGCCGCUGUCGAGAACCCCAACGACGUUUGUGUCAUCUCUGCUCGCCCCUACGGACACCGUGCAGUUCUCAAAUUUGCUGCCAACACCGGCGCACAAGCCAUUGCCGGCCGUUUCACCCCUGGUUCCUUCACGAACUACAUCACCCGCUCUUUCAAAGAGCCCCGUCUUAUCAUCGUCACCGACCCUCGCGUUGACCACCAGGCGAUUCGCGAGGCAUCGUACGUUAACAUCCCCGUCAUUGCUCUUUGCGACACGGAUGCACCCCUCAAGUUCGUUGACGUUGCCAUCCCCACGAACAACAAGACUCGCCAUUCUAUUGGUUUGAUUUGGUGGUUGCUCGCACGGGAGGUGUUGAGGCUUCGUGGGACGAUCCCUCGCACUCCUGAUGGCUGGAAUGUGAUGGUUGACAUGUUCUUCUACCGUGACCCUGAAGAAGUGGAGAGGCAACAACAGGAGGAAGCACAGGCUAAGCUUGCCGCUGCCGAGCCAGAGGCCCAGGCUGGUGGUCUGUCGGAGUGGGACGUCCCAUCCGCUCCUCAGCCAGGCUCGAUCAACCCUGCUCUUGUCGCCCAAGACGGUGGUGCUCUCGACUGGGCAGCAGAUGCUGCACCCACCACCGAUUGGUCAGCGGAGCCUGCUUCAGGUGGAUGGGGAGCGGAACCCACCACCACUAGCGGGUGGGAUUAG